AAGACAGACUAGAAGAGCAGGAAAUGAGAUGGAGAACUACCUCUGCAGCAGUCUGAACGCAGCUCCUCUCUCAGCAGCUGCACAGAGCAUCAUAGCAGCCCUUCAGUUCCAGUAUGUGCAUAGAGCAGACAGAAGCAGAGCUACUUUGAGUAGUAGAGGCUUCAGACUGUCUCAGCAUCAGGGCAGACAUGACAGAAAUCAAGAGAUGUGCAUCAGAGACUUGGAGUUAAAUAAUCUGGCAGAAGACUCAAACCACUUCAUGUUAAAGGAUGAGACCAGUAAUGAGAGCAUGGGGAGCCCUCAGGCUAGACCAGACGUUAUGACAAAAGAAGAGAUCCAUAAACUGACCUUGGGUAAAAGGCGGUGGAUUCAACCAGCAAGCCCCAUUGAAGAAGGCCCAGUAGGUUGUAAUCAACAUGAGGCUACCCCAGAGAAGAAGAUCAGCUUUAGCCAGCUUACGUUGCCUACUAACAACUGUCAUCCAGCAUCCAAAGAAGAGUGCAAAAUGAUUUAUAAUGUGGACAAGCAGAGUAAGAAUGGACAGAUAGACCAAUUAUGGAGCUGUCGAUCUGGGUUGACAGAGAACGAUAAGUAUGAUUCUGUUUGCGAGGAAAUCUCAAAAGAGGCCAGAGCUGACACAGCUGUGUUUAUACAAGUGCAGCAUAAUAGUUUUAUAUCUAAUGGAGAGAAACCAACAUAUAAGUAUCAGGAUCUGGAGACCAGCCAUUGCCGGCAAGAUAAUCAAAACUCUGAAUGGUCAGCUCCAGUGGAAUGUUGUGCAUAUGCCAAAAGAUGUGGGAGCAUCUUUGUCUUUGAAUGUGAGCAACACACACCUGUUAGGCCAGGUGAAAUACUGGACUCAGGGAGGGAGAAAGAAGACAGCGACUCAGAAAGAAGAGAGAUUACUAAGAGCAGAAUUAGUUCUCCCAAGCCAGAUGAGAAUACAAUUCCGAUGCCUGUUGAAGAGAGAGCUGGAAAGAUGGAGUCUACAGUACACCCCACCAGUGUUGGUGUGCAGCACAGCAUCCAGCCCCAGUCUCAGGCUGGUGAGGGAAAAUCUUUUCCAAAGCAUAUUAGAAAAUGGAAUCCCCCUGGUUCCGUACAAGAAGCUCCUAAGAUCACUUCAUCCCAUGAGUUGUGUGAUAAGACACUUAGAAACCCGACAUUGUGCCAUGCAAAAGUAAAGGGCUCAGUGCAGCUCUUAAAACCAAAAGCUCCACAGUCUGGUGUCAAGAGGCAGAGACAUCCCCUCAGACCACAGAAAGAAUCUAAGAGGCAAGAAUGCAAUAAACCGAAUAACUUUAAACUCCCCAACCCCUCUGAUCCAAGUCUGUCAGGAUCCAAAAUAAGCUAUCAAAUGUCUUCAGAAACAGAUAUAAAAGAAGAUGGAACCACAGCAACUUCUAGAGGGGCUUUUAGUUUGAUUUCUGAUCCCAGGGUGUGUGACACAGGCCGUCUCUCACAAGAGGAUAGAGAAUGUAUGUUAGAGGAGGUUGGAAAAGCGAAAGCAUUAGUUGUCACCAUGGUAUACCAAGAUGGCACCAUACAACUGGACCCAGAACAGAGGCUGUGCCCUGCUGUGUGUGGCCUGCUGGUUUUGCUGAAGACUGAUUUGGAUUCAGAGGGACUACAGGACAGGCCACCAGAGAGGGUGCUAUACCUCAGACUAGAGCAGACACCAGCCUGGGCCCAACAAGACUUGAUACAAAAACCGGAUGCCUUUACCAGAGAGCUGUUGCUGCGAAUGAUGUGUGGCACAAAGCUUUUUGUGUGCUUUAAAGCUAAAGACCUGCUUCGCACAGCAUUGAGACACUUUAGCAGAGACCUGAGCUGGAAACAAGUGUUGGGGUGUCAAGUCAUGGAUCCUCAGAUUGCUGCGUGGCUGUUAGAUCCUGGCAACUCUGCUACGUGCUUUCAGACCCUGCUUUCCAAACACUACACGCAUCCAGUUCCACCCACACUGGAACCUGUGCUUGGGCAAGCCAAGGUGACUCGAGCGAUUUCAAAUUUGUCUCUUCUACACAAGCUAAUGGUGGAAUUACAAAACAAGCUUCAGACUCAGGGGCUGUGGCAGCUCUAUUCUGGCAUAGAACAAAAGAUGAUUCCAGUUCUGGCAGCAAUGGAGAGCUAUAAAAUGCACGUGGACAAGGAGGCAUUGAAAAAGACUUCAGAGAUGUUGGGGUCUAAGCUGAAGCAGUUAGAGCAGGAGGCUCACCAGGCUGCAGGUCAAAAGUUCCUGGUAUCCAGCAGUGCUCAGCUCAGACUGAUCCUCUUCGAGAAGCUGCGUUUACAUGAACUUUGUGAGAAUAAGAAGCUUCCCAAAACAAUCAAACAACAGCAGUCAACAUCAGAAACAGCUCUAUUACAACUACAGAAGCUGCAUCCACUGCCCAAAAUCGUACUGGAAUACAGACAGAUUCACAAAAUCAAGACUGCAUUUGUGGAUGGCAUUUUGUCUUGUAUGAGCAAGACAUUCAUUUCUUCCACAUGGAAUCAGACCAGUACAGUGAGUGGCAGACUGUCUGCCAAACAUCCUAAUUUUCAAGCUCUUCCGAAGCAGCCACUGCAGAUCACUAAGAAACAGUACAUCCAAGGAAAGAACUCUGAUGUAGUGACUGUGCACCCACGUGCCAUGUUCAUUCCACGGGAGGGUUGGACUUUCCUCUCUGCAGAUUUCUGUCAGGUUGAGUUGCGUCUCUUGGCUCACCUGUCAGCUGACCCACAGUUACUGAGAAUCUUUCAGAACCCUGAGGCAGACGCAUUCACUAUGCUGGCGGCCCAAUGGAAGGGUGUGAGCAAGGACACAGUGAGUUUGGAGGACAGAGAGCAUGCCAAGCGUAUCGUCUACUCUGUGGUUUAUGGAGCUGGAAGAGAACGGUUAUCUAGUAUUCUGGGUGGGAGUGCGGAGGAGGCCAGCCGUUUUCAGGACUCUUUCCUACAGACGUACAGAGAGGUGCCGGCCUUCAUUCAGCUCAUCAUCCAGCACUGCCACGAACACGGAUUUGUGAAGUCCAUAAUGGGAAGGCGCCGUUCCCUCCCUCACAUUCACUCUGCUGACUGGAGCCUUCGAAACCAAGCAGAGAGACAGGCCGUCAACUUUGUACUACAGGGCUCAGCUGCAGACCUAGCCAAAAUGGCCAUGAUCAAAAUCUGCUCUCAAGUGUCGUCUGCCUCUUACACUGCCAGGCUGGUGGCUCAAAUCCAUGAUGAGCUGCUGUUUGAAGUGGAGAUCUCACAAUUGGAAGAGUUUGCUGUGCUGGUGAAGACGACCAUGGAAUCUCUUCAGCACAUUGCAGAUUUGGAAGUGAAUAUCUCUGUGCCCCUCAAAGUCUCACUGGCCACAGGACGGUCAUGGGGCUCAAUGUGUGAGAUGAACCUCCCCUGCACCACUACAGCUACUUCCGUCUGAGUCUCCCGCUCUUCCUCGCCAUCCCGUUACUAUGGUAACCGAGCAGCUGCAGUUCCCAAUUCAUGUUCUCGCUGAUGUAUCUGAGGGCAACGGUAGGAACAGACUGGAUCAUACCAGUUGCUAUUUUGGGGGGCUUCCCUUCAAUCAUUUUUAACCUUUCACUGUUAUUCAGAGGUUUAGAUCUGUUUGCAUGAGAAUAGAAGUAGCUAAUAAGUCUGUGUUCUUUGUUCAUUUUCAAUGUUUGUCCAUCUUAUAUUCAAUAUGUGUCAACUCACAUAUUCAGUGAAUAAAUAAAUAUGAGCCUCUGUCCUUAACGGGCUUAAUUUCAACUGUAUUACUGGCAGUGCUAUCUGUUUCUCAGCUGCUAUGAUGGAACGUCUGUCUCCUGCUGAAUAUUAAUAAACUCAGUCCUCAUUUAGUGAGUCUCUCUCACUCCAUUUUAAACCUGUUAAUCUUAUCCCGUCCGUUUCCACGGCACCUCGCAACUCGUUUAGCAGCUCCCACUGGCCUUUCUCACAUGUACACAGUCCACACACACACACUGACCCAGAUUUUCAGUGUCUGUCUGUGGCGUCAGAUCUUGUGUCCCUUCGUAAUGCCCCCUAUCAAUACAAACACACCCUUGAAAAAUGUUCCAGCCUCUGUGCUUGUUGCUGUUGUGUUUUUAAAGGCUAUGAUUUACCCUCUCUGAAUGUCAUAUCACUGAAAUCCUGUCUUAAUGGGCUGGCACUGAGAAUAGAUACAUUUUACCAUGCUAGGUCACGAUCUGUUUGUUCUUUCUCAAAAUCAUUAAUUAAUGCUAGGUACUCACUGAGAAUUGGCAUAGAAGAUCCUUUUGAAUGUGUGAUGGGGUCAAUAAUGAGAUCAUGUUUUGCACAAAUUAUUUAAGCCUUGUAUAUUACUUAUGACUAUGAACUGUUUUAUGGCUUUUUUGUGUGCAAAUUGCUGAAAUCAAAAGAGGUAUAUAAUUUUGGCCUUAUUUAACGAGACGUGUUUUUUUUUUUAUUUAAUUUUGUACAUGUGUACGCAUGCAACUUCAGACACAUGCACAAGCUUUAUGCAUCAUUCCUUUAAUUGAUACAGUAUGUACAUCCUUUUCUUUCAUAAAUCAGGAAAACUUUUCUUUACAUCUUUACAAUGUUCCUGUGUAUCAAGGAAAUGAAAGAAAAAGAGAAAAGGUGGGAACGUAAACAGCAGUUAAAAAAAAAAAUCCAAAGAAAACCCAGGCAGUACAAUGAUUUCAGACUCAAAGAACCAGGUGAUCACUGCGACCAAACGGGUAAAGCAAGGUCAGAUUUGCCAUGCUGAAAAACUAAAACCUCCCUUUUC